UACCAACCAAAAGAGAAAUUUGCUGUGACUUUGUGUUUGCGUAAUGGAGCUCCAUCUGUAUAUCAGGAUGGCAGUUUACAGUGUGAAGAGGAUACUACAUUCGUAUUUGAUACCACCAGAAAUGAGCAGGGCAAGUUUCAUAUACCUUAUCCUGAACCAGGAAUCUGGUAUAUUACAAUGGAUUUGUAUGAAUGUUCUGAUGACAAGCAAGUGAGUCUUCAAGUUAACAUGCAUCCGUGUAUAUUGAACUGCAAUGGGAAAGGUGACUGUAAAGAGUACUUUAGUGGGCAGUUAUUAUUUGCUACUUGUGUUUGCAAAUACAAUUAUCGUGGAUGGGCGUGUACAGAUGACACUUACGCUCACGAUGAGAGUUUUUUACUUUUACAAACACUGCUGCUGUCAUUAAGUAAUCUCUUCUUCAUUCCUGCUAUUAUCCUGUCUGCAUAUCGUCUUUUAUUUAUAGAGUCUUUGGUAUAUUUCUACACCAUGUUCUUUUCAUCUUUUUACCAUGCGUGUGAUAGCAGUGGAGAGUUUUGUAUUAUGGAUUAUGAUACUUUGCAGUAUUGUGAUUUUCAUGCAUCGGUCUGUGCUUUCUGGGUUACGUUGAUUGCAAUGACAAAAUUCAAAUUGUAUGCCAGGUCCUUUCUACAUGUACUUGGGAUAUUGGUUCUUGUUGUUUUGACCAAAUAUGAUCGAUUCAGUUUAUGGAUAUUUGUGGUCCCUGUUGUUACAGGCCUUGUUCUCAUUGGUGGUUCUUGGAUUAAUGAGUGCUAUACGAAAAGACACUGUUUUCCUCACAUACAGCGUAUACUAUUCUGCAUCAUUCCUGGCAUUUUCACAGCUGCAACUGGACUUGUUCUCUACAGCUUUGUGGAAACUGAUUUCAACUAUUACUACAUUCAUAGCAUUUGGCAUGUCAUUAUUGUUGUAUCUAUUCUCUUUCUUCUUCCUGGGAAGAGUAAAAGUAAACUCAGUGAAAAUUUACUAGUUAGGGUACCAUCUAGUGAGCAUCUGUUGACUGAGGAGGAUGGAGAGGAUAAUGACCAAGCUCAUCCAAUCUAA